UGAAGUCGGAACUUAGUUGCCGGACUUCCGACAUCAACCUUUCAAAAUAAACAACGUGUCUGGGAGUUAGCGUUCGGCGUCAACUGUAAGCCCCCCCUAUUUUAAAAUAGUCGAACUGGACCGAACAUGACAGAUUCGUCGCUUCUUAACACUGAGCUGGAGUUGGAGCAGCAGGAGGAACUCUAUCAGCAGCUGCUGUUGCAGACAAUGGGGAAGCUGCAGACGGAAAGCUCAGACUCCAAAUCCAUCCGUCCUCAGCCUGGUAUGUGUGUGAAGACAUUUACGGAGCCAGGAAAGGAGAAAGUCUUCAUCAACAUCUGUCAGUCCAGCUCGGUUCCGCCCCCUCCAGAGCUGUCCAGAGAGGAGCUGGUGGAUCUGUUGCAGUCCGAGGAUCCGAGUGGCUACAGAGUUCCCAUGAGCCUCGGAGAGCCGCACACAGAGGUGGAUAACAGCUCUCAGAGUUGCACAGCCUAUGAUGUUGUCAUCAACCAGGAUUUCUUCCAGAAGUGCCAGGAAGACGCUUUAUUCCAGCAGUUUGUCAUCUUGGUGUCUGCAGAGGGUUUGGAGAAUAAAUAUAAGCUGGAGCUGAGCAGAGACUGGAAAGUGCUGAAGAACAGAAAGUUCCUGGGUUCUGUGAGCGAGCAGAACAUUCGCACAAAGAGCAGGCCGACAAUUCAGGUUCUGCAGCCUCAGGAGAGCUCUACUGCCCGCUGUAAAAGACCAAAGUUCAGGCUACUGGUGGAGCCCCCUACUGGACACCCUGAGAACCUCGUAGCAGAGAUACAUCUCCCUGGAGUGCCGUCGUCUCGCUCGCUGCUUCUGGAUGUUGGCGAGGAUCGACUGGUGCUCACCGCUCGGCCCUCCCUCUUCCACCUCGACGUCUUCCACCCCUUUCUUGUUGAUCAGGACAACACAGCGGCACAGUUCAACAACCAGACCCAGAUCCUCACAGUGACAAUGCCUGUGGUGUCUUCAUGAAGUAUCAACUAUUUUUAUAUUUAAGAAACUGUUGUUUAAAUACACGUUUAGAAAAAUUA